ACAAGUCGACUCGAUAGACGCUCGUAUGCAAAUACGAUUUUUAUUUAGUCGCAGUAUGAACGCGCGUAUAUUUUAACAAACAUCGAUGUUCUACUGAAAUCUGUUGAACUAAACUAAACCGUCGCAUGUAAUAUACAAUUUCAAUUUUAGUCAGUGAUGAGCACGGGUUCACUGAAAACAUUAAAUGGCACUGUGCUUGAGUUGAGAAUAAAAAACGAGUUUCUUCAUUAAGAAUAUUAAAAUUGUGUUUUGCGUCAUUGGUGGCUGUUAUUGAAAAACACCAUGCGAGAAAUAAUGUUGAUAUCUUUACUGCAACUCAUUAACUUUGCAACAUUAACUUUGUCUCAGUACAAUCCACAUUUCUUUUCGAAUCGGUCGGGAAUCGUCCAUUUAUUUGAAUGGAAAUUUAACGACAUUGCUGCAGAAUGUGAGACAUAUCUUUCACGGCAUGGAUUUGGUGGCGUGCAGGUGUCACCAAUCACUGAAAAUGCAAUUGUACCGAAAAGACCCUGGUUCGAAAGAUACCAACCCAUUUCGUACAACAUAAUUACAAGAUCAGGCAAUGAGAGUGACUUUAGCCGAAUGGUAAAUCGAUGUAAUGCGGUCGGUGUCCGAAUUUAUGUUGAUGUUAUUGCGAAUCAUAUGGCUGCAGGAAAUGGAUUAGUGAAUGGAACUGGUGGCGGUACGGCCUUUAUACCUGAUAAAUACUAUCCGGUUGUUCCAUACAAUGAGACACAUUUCCAUCAGUCAUGUGCAAUAAACGACUACAAUAAUGCCUUUGAAGUACGGAAUUGUGAGCUUGUUGGAUUGCCUGAUUUAGACCAGAGCAUAGAGUAUGUUCGCGAUCGAAUUGGUAAUUUUAUGAACAAGUUGAUUGAUAUCGGGGUUGCUGGCUUUCGGAUGGAUGCCUCAAAACAUAUGUGGCCCAGUGAUUUAAGUGUGAUCUAUGGUCGUCUAAAGAAUUUGUCAGCAAGUUUUGCGCCAGGAUCAAAACCAUUUAUUUAUCAAGAGGUUAUAGACCUUGGGGGUGAAGCUGUGAAGAAAACUGAAUACAUAUCUCUGGGCGCAGUCACGGAAUUUAAAUUUUCAUUAGAAAUUAGUCGAGCUUUUCGUGGUCACAAUGAAUUAAAGUGGUUAAAGUCCUGGGGUCCAGUAUGGAAUAUGCUACCACCAAAGUGUGCAUUAGUUUUCGUAGAUAAUCAUGACAAUCAACGAGGAAAUGGUGCUGGUGGAUCUGAAAUUCUGACCUACAGAUUUCCGAAAAUGUACAAAAUGGCUGUCGCAUUUAUGUUAGCCCAUCCGUAUGGCAUUCCAAGGAUCAUGAGCUCAUAUGCGUUUGAUUUAUCAGACCAAGGACCUCCUGCCGAUCCUUCAACCGAAAAUAUAAUUUCUCCGAAAUUCUCGCCCAAUGGAACUUGUACAAAUGGAUGGGUUUGUGAGCAUCGUUGGGUAGAAAUUGCUGGAAUGAUUGGGUUUCGGAAUAACGUGCAUGGUGAACCACUUGUGAAUUGGUGGGAUAACGACAAUAACAUGAUUGCGUUUUGUCGCGGUAACAAAGGAUUUGUGGCCUUUAACAAUGAACAAAAUGAGGCAGUAGUCACCCUGAAUACGUGUUUGACUCGUGGUGAUUAUUGUGAUGUCAUCAGCGGCAAGAAACUUGGAAGGAAUUGUACAGGAAGGAAAAUAUCUGUAAAUGAAAAAGGCAAAUCCCUAAUCAGAUUGAAGACUCAUAGUGUGGUUGCGAUUCAUUCUGGGGCAAAGUUAUAGAUUCAAUUUAUUUCGGUAAAAAGUAUCAUGAAACAGUCUUCAACAACAAAAAAAUGUCAACCAUUUACAUCCGGAAAACAACGGCUGUCUAAUUUAUCUUGUGGUACUUUUCUUUAUACAGAUUGAGCCAGCGGUUUGUGCAGUCCAUUGAACAGAACAUGUUGCUAAAAAUGAUGUGCGACAAACUCUUAUUCCUGAGAAAUAAAUAACGCAAGCCGUUAGCACUAAAAAAA